AAACAAAAAAAAAAAGAGAAUUGAGUGGGUAAUUUGACGAAUAAUGGAAAAACUACGUCCUGAAGGAGUAGGCGUGGUUUAUAUGAAGAGGAGUGGAUAAGAAAAGUGGCUGUGGAAACUGAGGAAGAAAGGAAGCAGGGAAUAGGGAUAGGAAUGGAGAAGUAUUUCGGAAACGCUUAUCGCGGUGACCCGGGCGUGCCUCAUUCGGACCCGGAUCGAUUCGUCAACAUUUGGGUCGGAUCCGCUACCUUCGCUGUUCUCACUUAUUUCAAUCCCUAUAUGUGGCAGCUCUACCACUCUCUCUCUUUCCAUGAUAAAGCAAUGUUAUUUGAGCAAUAUCACUGGAAACAGGCAAAGAAGAAGAAUCAGCCAUAUGAGUUCAUGUGGAACAAGACCUGGGACAGGAACCAUCGGACUCAUUACUACUACAAUUGGCCUAUUUACUUUCCAUAAGUACCUUCUACAAUUGGCCUAUUUACUUUCCAUAAGUACCUUCUGUUUUUCAUUUCUUGCUGAUACUGAUAUAUCUUUUUUUUAAGUCGCAAACCUUGAUAAACUUGACGCCUGCCCAUGUUUUAUUUAAUACAGGGAUGCUUUCUUACAUUCACUUUUAAUCAUUACUCGUUAAGAUAAAAAUCAAUUGAGUGAUUAAUUAUAUUUAA